CGCGCGUGAGUAAUUGAUCCUCCGCGUUGUGGAGGCAAGUUCCCGUGUCUCCCUUCUUGGCCCUGAGCUGAACUGAGGAUCCGUAGCCGGGUGGGCUGGCUUUGAUGAGAACAAAAGCCUCCUUCUCCCGUGCGUCUGUCUUUCUUCUGUUUCUCAUCACCAUCCAUCAUCUUCCUCAACUCUCCAGCGUGUUCUGCGAAUUUAAUCUGGUUUUCUACAAACGUAGAACCAACUCUCAUCCUCGUUUCAUCAUUGUCAUAUCGCGUUUCCUUUCAUUCCUUUGUCACAAAUCCGCCAUAUUAGUUAGUCGUCAAGCGUCGUCUUCAAGCAUCACAUAACGCAUCUCUACUGCACCUCUCAAUAUGCCGACACUCGCAGAAUCUAAGGAUCCGAUUGAGAUCCCUACUCUGCCUACGGAGUCUGUAAAGGACUUCAUCCCGUAUCUUGCCAGCAAUUCCGAUACACCGAUCGGAACACUUCUUGAGCCUUUCAAGAAGUUUGAGGGUGAGCUCAGAAAGGUGUAUGCUCAGCAACCAGACCAUGAGUUGGUCAAGGAUGGCAACGUCAACUUGGUUCCGAUCUUUGAGGGUCAUGAGAAGGAGCUGAAGAUCCGUGCGAGGGAUUUGAGUGAGGAGUCGGAUGAUGAGAAGGCCAAAUAUGUUAUGCCAUUGAGCGACGCUGACCGCAAGCCCAAUGGUUCACCUGCCGUCGUCUCAUCUUUCAAGGAUUUCCAAAAGAACUUCAAUCUCUUCUCCGAAUCAUCUCUCGCAGACCUUGAUUGGAAUAAUGUCGUCGCAGCCGGUUCCGCAGUCACCACCGCUCUUCUGCCCGUACCCGAGAAGUGGGCCGGCAGCAAACGAAGUCUGAGAGAGUACUAUCACGAGCAUCUGGCACCUGCCAGUGAUGUUGAUCUAUUCCUCUACGGUCUCAAUGAAGAAGAGGGCUUGGAAAAAAUCAAGCAGAUCGAGAAGAAUAUCAAGGAUAGCAUCCUCCAUGAGACUACUACGAUCCGUACCAAGAACGCCAUCACGAUUGCAUCCCAGUACCCAACUCGUCAUGUUCAGAUCGUCCUUCGUCUUUAUGAUUCCGUCUCUCAAAUCAUCACCGGCUUCGAUGUUGAUUGUGCUUGUGCCGCUUAUGAUGGAAAACAGGUUUAUGCUGCCCCUCGAGCUGUCGCCGCUUUCGUUACGCAGUGCAACACUAUUGAUCUCACCCGUCGUUCGCCAUCCUACGAGAAUCGCCUUUCAAAGUACAGUCACAGAGGAUUUGAAGUUCACUGGCCUCUGAUGGACCGUACUAGGAUCGAUCCAACAAUAUUCGAACGCUCUUUCGGCCGUACCCAGGGACUUGCUCGGUUGUUGAUUCUGGAGAAGCUUCCCAAGACAGUCGACCGAGAGGCAUACAUGGAUCAGCGCCGUGCUGAACGUGGCAGGCCAGCACUCCACCGAGGCUACCGCAAUCAGUAUCGUAUGGGCGGCAAUAUCAAGGAUGCAGAGGAAGACGAGGUGGCUGAAUGGGUCGAUCAAGAGGAAGUCGCUUCCUAUCACACCAUGACAGUUCCCUACGGACCCAAGUACCAAGCCUCCAGAAUCAAUCGUUUGCUUUACGCCAAGGAUCUUCUCCUGAAUGCAGAGUGGAACCAGCCCAAGGAGCGUGAAGUCUAUCUUCAUCGACACCCUUGCUUCUUUGGUACUGCUGAGGAGGUUCUACAGGACUGCUGCGGCUAUUGCCCUGUUCCCACGAAUGAUGAAGAGAUCGAAGUCGCCGAGGAAGAAAGCAAGACUUACAUCUCGGGUCCACUCAAGUUCCUUAUGGAUGAUCCUGGACGACAAGAAAUCGGAAGCUUCAAUCCCAUCACAGACGACGAGUGGACUACCAUGGCGUACGUCGGAGACACUGCCAGACUUUGUCAAGCUAUUGUGGAUGGAGACCUCGAGCACGUCCAGGAUUGGUGCGCUCAAGAAGGUGUCGAUGUCAAUCGUCGCGACUACACAGGCCGAACACCUCUCCACCUUGCAACCAUGGCAUCAACUGUCGAAAUCGUCCAAUGUUUGAUCGAUAACGGGGCCAGACUCAUUGCUAGACUUGUGGAUGGUCGCACUGCCUUGCACAUUGCAGCUGCGCGUGGUAAUGUGGAGAUGGUCAAUGCUCUGAUGCAGAAGAGCGAGGCCAAUGAGGAGGAAGAGGAUGAGAAAGUCGAAGCUCGUCGCGCGGCGAGAAAAGCUGCGCAGGCUGCUACUGGCUCUACUUCCAAGGACGGAGAAGAGAAGGACGAGGAAGACAUCAGUGAUGCUGAGUCUGAAGCUUCUGAGAUUGGGUUGGACAGCGAAGAUGGUUCCGACUCGAUGACGAUGGGCUCGUUUGUCAAAGUUGCCGAGGACAAACCCAAGGUGGGAGAGGACAUCCCAGAGGACGACUCUGAAGAUCCGGAUGUUUACGAGAUCGAUGUCAUUGCUUGGGAUUAUGGCCUAUCCCCUCUUCACUUGGCUAUCCUGAAUGGUCACAUUGAAGUCAUUGAGCUUCUUGUUUCGGAGUAUGGUGCUGAUGUCCUCCUUCCAGUCAAGCUCGUCCAACCAGGAACCAGCAACGCGCGUGGAGCCAUCUUGUCGAUUCUGCUUGCUUUGUCGCUUCCAGCAGAAAAGGCUAAAGCAGUUGUCAAAUUGCUGCUCAAGCUAGGUGCUACGUCUGCUCAAGCAGAUAUGAAUCACUACAGUGUUUUCCAUUAUGUGGUCAGCCAAGAACGAACUGAUAUCCUGGAUCUUCUCCUUUCUGAGGAUAAUCCAGUCGCAAUGAGUGUUCUCAACAACUAUGGUGGUGGCUCUCACUACCAGCAGGGCUACUCGCCUCUGACAUCCGCAAUUGACCGCGGAAAUCAGGAAUUAGUCGCAAAGCUUCUUGAAUUGGGCGCAUCUUCGACCAUCGAAUUCGAUACCUGGGUCAAGACAUACCUUGCGCAGAAUACCUAUGCCAGAAACCACACCCCGGAACAAACAAAGACACAGUACCACAAUUCUGUCACUCAGCCGAUUAUUGCGGCUGCAACCCACGAUCUAGGGAAAUCUGUCCAGGAUCUACUUUCUCAUGGUGCAGACCCUAAGACGCUGGACAAGGCUGCCUGGGGUGUUGUUGCGAAUCCUCAGAAUGGCACUUACCAAGUUGCGGAGUCUCUACUGGAUAUCAUUCAGAGAAAGUUGAAGGCCUUGCGAGAAUGGAAGCCUUCGGAGACCACCUUGAAGAAGCCAGAAACCCUCCGUGACGAAGACCACUACACUCGUGGUCUCAAAGGCUACGCAUAUUUCAAUGCGGUUCAGAACUACAAACAAAAGCUGCGAGAGAAUAAAGAGGCCUGGGAAACUUGGAAUAAGGGGGAAAAGAAGGAAGACGGGAUCGAAGAAAAGCAAGCGGCCAUCAAGAAGCUCAUUGCGGAGCUUGAGCAAGCCGAGAAAUCGUUACUCAAGGCAGGAGGCAAGACAUUUGCAGAAAUGUAUCCGAAUACGCCGACACCCCAAAACCACAACCGAUUUGGACACAAUUAUCAAUCACCUGAACCGGGUGCUUACGAAACGAGCUUGACUUUCAACGUUCCUGAACUCAAUCCAGCGAAGAAGGAUGGUUAUCUCCGCUUGUUUGAUGCUGCUUGGGACAAUGAUUUGGAUACUCUCAAGGCUAUGACUCUGGCUCCAUGGACGUGGGUCGAGGGUUCCCCACUGGAAGGCCCAUUAAAGAUCGCUAUCUCCGACGGAAACGGCUUCAGUCCCUUCUCUAUUGCCGUUCUCCGCGGACAUUAUGACCUCGCGAGAAAGAUUGUCGAGAUAUCCAUGGCUCAAUAUCACAAGGAUGAUGGUAUCAGCUCUCGAAAGAGGUGGACGAUGAGAAACGACGACAGUGACGAUGAGUACGAUUCGGACGAUAGCUAUGAAGAUGAUCAUGAACAUCUCCCAAUCUACGCCGAGCUAGUGAGUGAUAAGUUCACCGUGGACAAUCUCGGCGAGGUUUCAAACAUUGUCAAGAGCAAUGUGUUGCCCCUGCAGAUGAUCGAAUGGAAUUGCAUGCCCCAGCGAUUCCUCGAAUCUGCAGAACAAGAUCAACCAAGUCGUAGCUCCCUUUUGGAACACGCCGUCCUGUCGAACAAUAUGCAAUUGCUGAAAUUCAUGUUGGAGCUCGGCGCUGAGCAACAGGCACUUGCUGCCGAAGAGGAGGAUGAUCAAACUUGUUACACCAUAGGCCAAUCUGUCUUCCUCACUGCGAUUCAAAAGGGUCGGACAGAUAUGCUUGCUGAAAUGAUCAAGGCAACUGGUGUUGGCAUUCCACUCAACGCUCUCAUCAAGAAGAGUGGAAUUGAAAUCAAGACCAAACCAAGAUACUACCAAGGUCUCAGUGUUGGCGGCAAGAAGCGAGCUGACUGGGCACAAGCACCUGGCGGCGAUGUUCAUGUCGUCGAAGAGAGAAUUCCCCCUCUUCUUCAAGCUGCUUAUGUUGCGAGUAUCGAGUCGGUCGAAUGGUUUAUGAGCGAUGCGCCUCUGAGACGAUACAAAGAGUUUGCGGAGAGCAACAAGCACGAUAAGCGGAUCAAGACUUUGAUGGAGACUGGCAAGGGAUUUGAGAAGACUAUUGGUGGAUGGCUUGAUGCGAAGAGUGAACUGGUUCUACACUGCGCCAUUCUGUUCAAUCCCUCCAAGGAUCAGGACAAAACCCAGUAUCUUGCUCUCAUCAAGCAUCUCGUCUCCGUUGUACCAGAUUCCAUCGAACAGAAGUCUUCAGAACGAAUGACACCUCUGCACGUUGCUGUUCUCGCUCAUCAACCUGAAGUCAUCUCAUUCCUCCUGUCCGAGGGAGCGAACCAACGCCAUCGCGACAAAGCGGGUCGAAACAUCGUCCACCAUAUGCUUGCUCCCAAGAAUAUGGCACGAGCAAACACGAAUGCCGAGAAACUCCAGCAAUUGAUCAGCCUGUUCGAUAAGUCUGCUGUUGAGGAAAUGCUUCUUGAGCGUUGCACCGAAAAGCCUGGAGCGUUGACUCCACUCGCUUAUUACAUGGCUAAGAAUGCUGGAUCGUACCGAAAGUCCGAUAUCGUUUCCAUUCUUUCCAAGUACUCUAAUGGUGAAGAUCUUGCUAUGAUCAAUGGCGAGGGUGACUUGCCGCUUCAUGUCUACUGACAAAUCGCAGGCAAUCAAGCAAGGCAUGAGCCAACUUACAUCCUUCCUCCUCUCUCUCAACCCCUCGCUCCUGUACCGUGAGAACGCCACAGGCCGCACACCUCUCGAGAUGUCCCUUGAUAUCCUCAUCGCCUCGCAAGUCGAGAACCCGCCUCAGGUCUCCUCCAGUACCCGCAGCAUGUAUUACUACCACGGCCAAACAGACUACGAUUCCAUCGUCAACAAGAGUCCAUCCUUCUUCGUGAAAAAGGACAAAGAUGCCGAACCAGAGGACAGUAAGAAGCGUACGUGGGAGAUCUGCGAGGCUGUUGAUAAGAAUAUCGAUGGAGAGAGUGGUGAGAAUGGGAUGAGGAAGAGAAGACUCGUGAGUCUGUUUGAGGCGAACGAGGUUGCGAAGAGGGUUGCUACUUUGAAGAGGGAGAGGGCGGGAUAUGGACAUGGGUAUGGUGGUGGUCAGAUUGUGGUUAAUGGAGGGUUGAUUGAUGGGGAGGGGAAGACGGAUGUUGUUUCUGAGUGGAUGAUGGGUUUGUGAGUGGGUUCAAUCGCUGCUCUACAGAUCUUGUGCUCGGAGAUAUAUGGAGGGUUUGGCUUGGUUUCGUUGCUUUUGCUGGAGGGAACAUGGGGUUUGAUUUUGUUCUUUACCACUUAGUUAGUCUGAUGUCCUCAUUUUUCACGGGGUUGUCUUUUUUGCCAGCGAUGGGGUCGAUUAUGGCUUCUACUUUCUGUCUUUACAUUCUGUUCGCUUCCAUAUCUCAGCUUCAUGAAUAAUCUUGAGCCAAUUUGCACAACCCAAUACCUGCUUCUUGGACCUCAACCCCCAAUAUGGGGCGAUUAUGACAACAAUAGGGGGUUCUCGCUUAGCUUUUAAAGUGGGACCGAAAGCAAAUCAAAACAAAGCCUCCGAUGUUGAGUCGGCACCACACAAUCGACUGGCAACAAUGACCUAGGAUUCUAGAUUCAUCCGAGGAAGAAGUUUGCUAUGCAAAG